AUGAGUAUAUUAACCUCUCACUUCACAGCAUUAAUGAAUGAGGAAUGCGGUGUCUUUCUGUAUACCCGUGAUGAGGUACUUCAAUAUAUUAAAUCCCUUUUACAGCCUUUGUAUAAUAAUGGCUCUCUUACGGUUGAAUAUUUUGUGUUUGUGGCUAAGCAGACAUUAUUAUUUGUAAUGAGUGCAGCCAAUCUCGGUGUACGGCGUUACUCCAAAGCCUUUAUUACUCAGGUGGUACAACUACAAUUAAUCCAUCUACUACCACAACAACAGGAACAAAAGGAAAAAAAGGAAAAGGAGGAAAAGGAAAAGAACAAGUCUCAUCCCUUUCUCUACAGAAAUGAUGAAAGUAUUCCCCAUGAAAACGGUAACCAUUCUAAUGGCAACGAUGAGAAGAUUCACCCUCUUUGUAUGGAAACCACUCUUCAGCAGAAAAAACAACAACAACAAGAAGAAGAAGGGGUGAAUAAUAAGAAGAGUUCUAUAAGAAUACAUCCAUUAUCUCCAACUUCUCUUAUGAGGCAACUAAUCCCAUCAUCACGAUCAUCUUCAUCAUCAUCUUCUUCUUCAUCGUCGUUGUGUUGCUCCUCCUCAUGGCCGUUCAUUUUACCGCAGCAAACCAUUAGCACCACUACCGGUGUUGGGUAUAAUAAUAAUAAUAAUAAUAAUAAUAAUAAUAAUAAUAAUAAUAAUAAUAAUACCAUCCCAACACCCCUUGCCGUCUCUCAUCAAUACAGAAGAAAGAGUAUGAUUCCACUUCAUUUAAACCCUGCAGAGGUACUACACUCUGGGGUAAUGAAGGGAACAGUAAAGAGGAAGAUGGUAAGAGUAACGCCAUCUCCGGUUCUUCAUAUUAAGGAUGAUGUUCUUCUUUCAUCUGGUGAUCAUCCUCAUCUUGUUGUGGAUGGUCUUUUAUCGAAUCUCCCCACUUCUUCCAAACAACAAGAAGAACAAGAAAAACAAGAAGAAAAAAACUACAAGGGGAAAAACGAAGGAGGAAAUGAAGGGAAGGAGCAGCAGUGGGUAGAGAAUGAGGAUGCCACACUCUUUAGUCUCCUGCGUCAGCUUCGUGAGCGAAUAGAAUCUAUGGAUCCUAAUGAAAAAGAAACACCACUUCACCUCCCAAAGCGAAAUCCAUCUCCUCUUAAAAAUAACCCAAAAGUCUCUGAUACUAAUGAUAGUAGUUCUUUCGUAGGCGCUCUAACUCCUAUCUCUGUUAUCAAACCUAUCUCAUCUGUGUUGGAUGUUGUGAACACUACUCUUGAUCGGCGGGAUUUUAUGCAGCAGUGGGCUCUGGAACGACAGGAACUUCUUCGUAGUGAGGAACAUGCUUUCAUAUCACUUUUACUGCAAUUACAACAGUCCCUUAUUUGGGGACUCUUUAGUCACAUUUCUUUAGUGAGAAAAGAUUCUCGGGAACUUUUGACGUCACCACCACCACCUACCACCCCUCCACCAAAAACGCAGUUCACAUCGAUUAGUCCAUAUAAUGCUAUCAAUGACAAUAAUGAAGAUGGUAAGGAUAACGAUAAUGAUGAUAACUCUAUAGGAAAUGAUAGUAGAAAGUCUUUUAUACAGCAUACUGAAAUAUUAGAUGGAAAGAAAAUGACAGUUGGACACACUACAGGGGCCAAGUCUUUGUACAUAAACCGGUUCCUUCGCCGUGAGAACCCUUCAAAUGAGACGACUCCAAUUCCUCAAAUAAUGCGUCAUGGUGGUAACAAUAGUAGUAGUAGUAUUAGCCAUAAUAAGGAAAUGCCUGUGGAAGAAGAUGAAAAAAAAAAGAAAAAAAGAUCCACAAUUCUAAUAAAUCAGAAUGAAACUCCAAUAUCGACUCCACAGCGUAUGGUGUCUUUUGUUCCUUUGGUUGAGAAAAGGGGUGAAUUUGACCUUGUCCAAUCUCCAGCGCGACGUCAGUCACAGGAAACCGUAUUUCUUCGUCAUCGAACGUCAACUCCACAAAAGACACGUUCCACAACUAGAUCAGCUUCUUAUGAAAUAUUGCAAAGGGGGACCUAUCGUCUGCAUUCCCCCAGGGUUGCGAACCCCGGUCGUGGCGUAGAAAUAGUGCUGCCAACGAAAAGAACAGCUUCUUUUACGAGACAACAACAACAACAAGAACAACAGCAACGCCUUGAAGGAAAAAAACGAAGUGCGAGCAAAGAUAGAGCAGGGAUGGAUCGAGGAGCAGUAGUGGAAUACCUUCGCCAGUUGUUGCAACCCGCCUACAACAGCGGUGCUCUCUCAGCUGCGCAGAUGAGUGGUAUUGUGAGACGGGUCUCUGUCAGACUUUACAAUGGCAACUCAAAUAACUGUAGCGUAGCCGAGGCAGAGUGGAAGCAUAAUCUCCGGGUGCAGGUGGGGAAACUUCUGGGAGAAGCACUUAUCGGAAAGACGUAA